CCUUGUCCAGCUUAAAGAAGCAGCAAGCAGAGGGGAUGAUCACCUCAGCACCCACCCCCCUCCAUCAUGGGAAGUCAAUGUUGUAAGUGUGGUCCAGAUAUAGAACUACUAAAAAUAGAAGAGAGAGAACGGCAACGGAAGUUGCUUCUUGCAAAACGUCACCGAAAAAGGGUUAAGGCAGCUGGAAAGAUCCAGGCCUGGUGGCGUGGCAACCUGGUACGCCGGACCCUGCUGGUUGCUGCCCUCAGGGCCUGGAUGAUUCAGUGCUGGUGGAGAACAAUCCUGCACAGACAACACCAGAAGCUGCACCAGCGCCUUCUGAGAAUGUAUGUGAUCCAGGAACAAUCGGCAGUCAAGCUCCAGUCCUGGAUCCGCAUGCAGCAGUGUCGUCAAUAUUACUAUCAAAUAUGUGAUGCUCUUUGUGUGUACCAGCCCCUAAACAGCAGCCUUGUCUUCCAGAACAAAGACACUUCACAGGUACAGUAUGGAGCUCUUUUCAAGCGACCAGAGUUCCACAUUGAAAUCUUGUCCAUCUAA